GUGCGCUGGAGGAUUUUGAAAAAUUACCCUCAUCUUGCAAAAGUCCUGAAAAGGAAAGCGAACCAAGCACAGCAAAAGACUUAGAACCAGGUCCAAAGGACUCUAACGAACCCUCACUUGACAACUGGGGUUUGAGUGACGGUGAUAUAGAAGCAGCAGCUGCAGAAUUUGAGAAGUCAAUGAAAACAAUGUUAGGGCAAGAUGAAGAACUUUUAAGACAAUGGAAUGAAUUUGCUGAACAGGCUGCUUCCUCCAAUCCAGGUGCAGUAGAUAUAAUUUUGGCCCACAGUAAAUAGCUAAUCCACCGAUUAGCUAAUUGCAGUCACCAGUAAUUAGCUAAUUGCAGUCACCCUAUUAUCCAUGUAAUGUUGUAUUGUAAUGUAAAGUGUAAAUAAAUGAAAAAGAUACUAGUUAAAAACCCUACCUGGAUAUUAUCCAUGUAAUGUUGUAUUGUAAUGUAAAGUGUAAAUAAAUGAAAAAUAUACUAGUUAAAAUUCAACCAACCAUAGUGUAUACACCCUGCAGUAGAAAAUAAACUUGCUUAUAUGAAGGCCAGUGAACAUCAGAGCAAUAUUUCACUACACUUGGUGUAAUUGUAAUUGAAAACGAUCUGCAUGAAUGUUUUGUCUUAGGUUUAUCAAUUAAUUAAUAUAUAGCCAUUAGGGACCAGACAUUAUUUAUGGUGGGAUGGUGGGGGGUGGCACCGAAGAGAAAAGGGUUGGGUAAACAAAAUUUUGAGUAAGUAAAACGUUGGGUAAAUGAAAAACAAAACAACUCAUUCUCCAGGUUUGGGUAAUAAAAAUUUGUUGCCAUUUCCAAAGCAUCACUCAUUCAAAUAUUGAAGACAAAAAGCAAUGUCAACAGUCAUAUCAAUAUGUAAGUCAAUCAGAGUCACUAUCUUGAACAUUUUCCGCUUUGUCAGGAGGCAAAUGGUGUCUCCAAAGAAAGUACCUGUGCAGACAACAUGAAACUUUAGACUGCAGAAAAUUGCACUGUUAUCAAAUUCAUGUCACAGAAGUAUUAAAGGGCAUAUGUAACAACUGAUUGGUAUCCUUUUGUAAAGUGUUUGGCCAGGGGUGGGUGUUUAUUUUUAAAUUGGUAUUUGAGGUUGGGUAAAAAUAUUUAGCAAAUUUUUACCAGGGAAAACAUUUCUCUAAUUCGGUGCCACCCCCCGCCAUAAAUAAUGACCGGUCCCUUAAGCCUGGUUCCCAUGCAGGCAUAAACGGUUGUGCAGACAUAUCAAUGUCCCAAUGUAAUAGAUUGUCGAUUCCUCUUUACAAUCCAUUUAUCACAUUGUCAGUUGAACUUGAUUUGAAUGUACGACCAUAUGGAAACCAGGCAUUAGAAUUGAGUAAUUCAAGCUACUGUAGCUUGAAUUCUUUUGGAUUAUUGCUUUAUUGUUCAGAAGAAACACUUUCAUGACCCAUGAAAGAACUGUAUCUUUUACUAUAUAUGUUAAUAUAAUUUUUUUUAGUUUCUUCUAACUGUCACCAAAAGCCAAUAUAAUUAGUUUUAUUUAUAACUUUGUAGACCACGUAAUAUUGUUUAGUUAUAAUUAGUUGAACUGUUUAGAUUUAGCUAAUGGUGGAAAUGAAUCAUUACCAGAAAAUGUUGAAGCAUUUGAAGCCCACUUAUUAAAAACAAUGAAAGAUAUAGCAGAAAAUGCAAAGGAGAUGUCCGUAAGUAUACCACAGACCACAGUACGUAUGCAUGUAUUGCUUGCAUGUGUAGCUAGUACUAACUUCCCGACGACGGGACUUUGCUCGAAACCUCGAAAGGGGCCAGUUGUACAGAGGCCGGAUAUAGUGAUUUUUCCAGAUUAUUUUAAAAGUGGCUGUCAAUUGUUAUAACCGGCCAGAUUAAACAUUAUAGUAUUCAUAAAUUAAAAAUUAUUUUUAUAAUUGUGAGUUCGACAUCCGUAUAGUUUUAUAUUAGUUUGGCAAUCAUUUUUACAAUGGUUGAAGAAACCACUAUUCAGUGGAUAGCGCUAUCUGCAUGGCUUUUAAGCACUUUUUAAAGUGUUUAAAAACACUUUAUUUAGGUAGUGUGAUAAACUGUGAGACAUGAACAGAGUUUCAAUAACAUUUGUUGCGUUUACUUUGAGCCUGAUUGCAGGCUGUUGAACCUGUUCGCAGGCUAAACACGUGCGAUUCGCUUUUACAUACGGGAAUUUUAGUAUAAAAACAACAAGUUUCAUAUUCUUUCGAUCGAACGUGUAUUAUCUAUAUUAUAUUCGAUUAUUCGAGGAUAUUUCGUUACGAACUCAACGUUAGUUAUGUUUAAGUCUUUUACCUUAUUAUUUGAUAGUAAAGUGAUAUAAUUUUAAUGUUAUCCGUGUGUUAAUUGAACGAACGUUAAGUAUUGAGCGAGGAAAUGCGAUAAAUAUUAUGCGACGUGCAUAACAUGGCGCCCAACGUGGGGCAGACUUUUUCGAAAUAAAGUCGCCCAAUCGAACCCGAAAUUACGAAAUGGCCGACGAAGUGAAGGAAAAAUUGAAUAGGCUACGUGCCAGACGACGAGGUCAUCGCGGUGUGUGUACAAAACUCGAAAAGGAAGCGACUGAAUUAUUACAAAUACCCGAAGGCGAAGGAGAUCACAUCGAACGAAGCGAAGUUAUUGCUGUACAACUCCAAGAAAAACUGAAAUUAUUAAGCGAAAUCGACGAAGAAAUAUUGGACAUUUGCGACGUGAGUGAUAUACAAAACGAAAUCGAAGAAUCAGCCGAAAUUUCCGAUAGAAUUUCGAAUACGAAACGAAGAAUCGACAAACACACGAAAUCUGCCAAGUCUGCAAAAGUUCAGGGUCAUAUUAAUAAUACGAAUGUUAUAGUUACGAAUUCGAACCUGACUCCCAGCACGAGUAUGGAACAGGAAAGUAUCGAAAAUACAACGGAAAGUACAACUGAUAAUUUGCCGGCUACGAUCGAAGAAAACGAGGGAAAUACGAGUUUAAAUUUAGGGAACAGUUCGCCUUUAUUACAGCAAUCAACAACUACGACAAUGUCAACAACACCAAUGGGACAGUUUGUACCAAGUUUGCCCAAGCUUCCGAAGUUGGAACUCCCUAAAUAUGGAGGUAAAGUAACUGAGUGGAAUUCCUUUUGGGACUUAUACGAUUCAGCUAUUCAUAGUAACCCAACUAUUUCGAAAGUUAAUAAGUUUAAUUAUUUACAAUCAUUACUCGAGGGGCAGGCAGCGCGUGCAAUAAAAGGUCUCACAUUGACCAGUGCAAAUUAUGACGCUGCGAUUACAAUUUUGCGAGAACGAUUUGGGAAAACUCAGCAGACAAUAGCUGCCCACAUGGAUGAAAUUUUGAAGAUCCAAGUUUGCCUGAACGGUCGAACAAGUCAACUGAGAUAUGUUUACGACAAAAUAAGUGUCCAUGUGCGGGGUUUGGCGUCUCUUGGGGUAUCUUCUGAACAAUACGGUAGCAUGCUAAUCCCAAUUAUUAUGUCUAAAUUGCCAACCGAAAUCCGCCUUGAAAUUGCUAGAAAAUCUACGGGAGACGUUUGGAAAAUUGAGGAGCUGCUAGACACAAUAAAAACUGAGAUCGAAGCGGGGGAAGUGAGCGAGGGAGUGCAGUCAAGUCAACAACCGAGUAAAAAAUCUGUCCCACCCUACUCCCCUAGAAUACCCUCUGCAGGUGCAUUUACAACUCAAGACAAAACUGGUAAACAUAUCCAAUGUGUUUAUUGCAAAGAAUUCCAUUUUUCGGCAUCAUGUGACCGAGUGACAAACCCAAAUGCUCGCAAGGAUAUAUUGAGGAGAGACAAUCGGUGUUUUACAUGCUUGGGGAUUGGUCAUCGCAGUACAAGAUGCGAGUCGAAAAAGAAUUGUAGACGAUGUCAUGGCAGGCAUCACCAAUCAAUUUGUGAUGCAUCCAAGGGCUCACACUAUACAUCACCUUUCAUGAAUGGAAAUAAACCCAUCCCACCCAGUAAAGACGACGAGUUACCUGGAGAACCAAAUAAUACUAGCACUGCAACUGUCAUUGACAAUUUGACUUCAACUGAUAAUCCGACUACAACUGGCUAUAUGACAACAGAAGAUUCAACGACAACAACGACCACAAAAACACGGAAUAAAGUUCUUCUGCAAACAGCAGUUACGUAUGCCCAAGGGGAGAAUGGCUCCAAUCCAAUACCGGUUCGAUUACUUUUGGAUAGUGGUAGCCAACGUUCCUACAUUACCAAUUCAUUAAAGAAGGGACUCGGUCUGGUUCCAAUACGAACAGAAACUCUUAAUUUAAAUACCUUUGGAGAUGAUCAUUUUAAGAAACGACGUUGCGAUAUAGUCCAGUUAUCGUUGAAGGGAAAUAGUGACAAUCGAAAGAUAACGGCACUUUGUUUUCCAAGUCUUUGCUCACCAUUGACAACCACGAUUGAUCUAAGCCUAUAUCCACAUUUGCAAGAGUUACAGCUCUCUGAUCUCAACAUUAUCGAAGGACGACAAAAUGAUAGCAGUAUCGACAUUCUUAUUGCCGCAGAUUAUUAUUUUGAUAUUCUCACUGGCGAGAUGGUACGAGGCGAAAGUGGUCCUGUUGCCGUUAAUAGCGACUUUGGCUGGGUUGUUACUGGUCCGACAAGUGAUACAGAAUCGUGUUCGAAAGUCUCGGGAGUUCAUUUGCUCAUCGAGGAGCAAUGUUCAUUAUUAACACCAUCCUCAUUUGCGUUGAGAGAGGAUGAAUCUGAACUUUCGAAGUGUUUAAGCCAAUUCUGGGAAAUCGAGUCGAUGGGAAUUAACGAGGAGAAAGUAACUAAAGAAGAGUUUUUGAAGGAUAUUCGAUAUCUCGAGAAUGAAGCAAGAUACGAA